AUUUUUAACAGUCAAAACUGAGCGCACGCGGUCGCUGUUUCUCUUUCCCCUCACAGAACCGCCGAGCUUGAUUUGACGAGAGGCGUGCGCGGGGUCCGUGACGUUCAUAAAGAGGCGGGGCCUAGAGAGAUGUUUCCCUGGUCGGUAGUGUUUUCCCUGGAGCCGAAGGUUCCCGGCCAGCGCACUCCAGAGGAGCUGGUGACCAACACUUUGAUGCUGGAGCUGGGUGCCAUGGUGAAACGGACCGAGCGAAUCCGGCUGGAGAAGGCAGCAGUGACUCGCAGACGCCGCAGCUCUUCCUCUGCAGACUACAGCUGGCUGGCCGGUCCUCAGGCACACGUCCCCUACGAGCUCACACCAGGAGACGUGCUGGAACUGCAGAACCUCUGCGCACAGAUCCCACCUCAACAGUGCGGCCCGGUCAUUGUCAGGUUCAGGAAGCUUGUGUCAGAGUUUGAGCCGGAGGUGCAAGACGUCCCCAAACUGUUCCGGAGCGUCAUAAGAAACUGCCUGGAUGAGCUUCAGGGAGACGCAGAGCUCCAGAAUCGGGUGAACCGUUGGGAAAAACAGCGCAGCAAGAGCCUCUCCUUCGUCACAUUUCGAUCCAAGUUCCGCACCCUGAACCGCGGGAAGGGAAGCUUCGGUGGUUCCCGCAACAACCUGCAAGAGGAAAACACAUGGUCUGAUGAAGAAGAGGAAGCAGCUGAACAGGUGGAAACCGCCAUGCGCACCAGGAAGGGACGGAGCCUCAGCAUGCCAGAGAUCACUCCUCUUGAGCAGGCGGCCCAGAGCUGAACGAGAGGAAGAGAUGAAGAGAAAGACAGAGGAAAGAAGGAGUUGAAAAGCUUGAAGGAAAUGUAGCCUUCAAGGUAAGUUGGCAAUGGAGGAGGAAGAAAAGAGGCGGCGGCAAAGAACAAGGGAAGGGGAAAAAAUCUGAUCCUACGAGACAUCCUGAAAGACUAAAACUUAUGCUUUCAGAUUGCAAGACAAACACUGUUAAUUUGUUAAUUGAACCAAAGAACACUGGCCUAGACUUUUUUUUUUUUUUUACUUUCUAAUGUAUGCUUAAUUAUUUUGAAUAUUUGGAUGUAAAUAUAAAUGUGAAUAUUUGGCAAAAAUGUGUGUAUUUUAACAGCUCAAUUUUUCUGUGAGAGUGAAGCUCACAAAACCUGUCAAGAAUAUGUCCAGGUCAUAUUUCUGGAAGAAAAAAAUUAAUUAAAAAAAUGAUAAAUUAAGGGAACAAAAUAAGGGAAAAACAAAAAGUGGUGGAAAAAAAAUCAAAUCAAAUAAAAUAAAUUAAUUGUAUACUAUAAGUAAUAAAUUAACAAAAUAA